ACCCCGCAGGGAGCCGCGGUACAUUGUGGGAGGGCAGAAGCAUGGCGGCGCCCAUAAGGCAGUCUCUGUUUGGGGUGGCGAAGGGCAGGUGGCGCUUCGAGGGGCUCUGGGCCGGUAGCCUGGGUUCUCGCAGCCUAGCCCUUGCGGCUGCACCCUCGAUCAGCGGGUCUCCAUGGCGUCUUUUGGGCGCGGUGUGCCUGCAGCGGCCACCGCUGGUCUCGAAGCCGCUGACCCCAUUGCAGGAAGAGAUGGCGGCUCUAUUACAGCAGAUUGAAGUAGAGAGAAGUUUGUAUUCAGACCAUGAGCUUCGUGCUUUAGAUGAAGCCCAGCAACUGGCAAAGAAGAAAGCUGACUUGUAUGAUGAAGAAGGAGAUGAACAGAAUGUACUGCUGACGCAGGAUAUGGAAGACGCAUGGGAGCAGAAGUUCCUACAGUUCAAACCUGGAGCUCGUAUAACAGAAGCCGAUAAAAAGAAUGACCGAACUUCAUUGCACCGGAAGCUAGACAGGAACCUUGUUCUGUUGGUCAAAGAGAAGCUUGGAGACCAGGAUGUUUGGAUGCUUCCCCAGGCAGAGUGGCAGCCCGGGGAGACCCUCCGAGGAACAGCAGAACGAACCCUGGCCACGCUCUCAGCUAGAAUUCUGACUCCCUUGAAGGUCCAGACGGCAUCUGUUCCUCCCCAUCAUCCCGGCUCUCCGCAAAGUGCCUGGCUCACAGUAGAUGCUCGCGGAAUGUUUAUCGGACAUGUAGAUUUGGCAGGAUCAAUGCUGCUCCAUUGGCCCUGUCGCCAGCACAAGCGCCUGCUAACAAAGCAGCAGCCGCUGUGUGCCCCCUUGCUCCUUGCCCACAAGGGGCCUGUGUGGCCUGUGAGAGUGGGAGCGAGACACGAUGGCGUGGGUGGGGACCUUUCCCGUGCUUCCGUGGCCUCUGCUGUCCUCUAGGUGGUGGCGGGAUCACUGUUCAGAUGCUCAGCUUCCCUCACACACACGACGGCCGCUCCACUGUCCCUCCCGUAUGCCACGUGGAAAGGGUUUCUACCGCGGAACCCAGUGUCCUUGUAAUGUUCCCGCUGUAAUAAAUAGAUGCGAAAGGAAAGCUACGAAAGAGAUUUUGACAUUAAACAGGAGGAUAACAAAUAAAA